AUGUCAGAUCUUAUGGGCGACAACACCCAGGGUGGUGCCCGGUCCACACCCUCGAUACGCACGCCCCGCAACAUAAUGGCAGAUCGUCUUGCUAGAGAGGCUAGAAGACACGCAGAAGCUACUCGUCAGAGAGAAGGCGAGCAGAGAUCGUCAGACCCUGAGCGCAGAAGAGCUGCCGCUGCUGCCAUGGAAUCCAUGGCCGGACCCGACCCCACGCCAUCAUCGGCGCGCAUGUCAGAAGAUGCUCGAGGUGAAGUUCCUACCAGGCAACGAUCCCAAUCGCAAUCAGCACAGCAAGGUUCCAAGGCUCAGUCUGUUCCUGGCCACAGACGGACUCAAACCACCUCGCAACCACGUGUGUCUUCGGCUCCUGACCCUCCCCAGACCACUCAGUCCCAAGACUUUGGUUCAGAAGACGUACCUCAGCCAGGCACCCACUCAACAUUCCCACAUGCAUUCGAGAGAUGGGAGAAUUUGUCAUCGCAUUGGGAAGGACUCACAUCGUAUUGGCUUCGUAAGAUCGAAGGCAACUUCGAGGAAACCCGCCAUACCAUUCCGUCUGCUGCCUCUAUGCAACGCCAAAUUCAAGAUCUCUCAGCUGCUGGUGCGAACCUNUUUCAUGGAUUGGUUGAACUGCAACGCCUUCGUGCCAGCUCUGAGCGUAAAUUUAAGAGAUGGUUCUUCGAGAUGAGGGCUGAGCAGGAGAGAUGGCAGGAACUCCGUGCUGAUUUGGUGGGUCAAGUCAAUGCUGAACGCGAGCUCAAAGAGCAAGCAGAACGUACCAUCGAGAAGAUGCACAAAGAGGUUCUCUUCGAGAAGAAUCGCGCGAGUGAGGACCGCAGAGAAUUGCUCAUCGCCAAAGCCGAAGCUAGACGUGCUUGGGAGGGUCUUGGUGACAUGGAAGCCAAAAACUCGGAGAUGAUGACCAACCUUCGUCAUGGCGUCCCCACCAACAUUGGAGGUAUUCAAGUCGUUCCUAUGCACGCUGCCAGCGCUCAGGACACUGAGCGUCGUCCUAAUACUGGCCAAAGCCCUCAGUACCACCAGACAAGAUCGCAACAGCCCCAACAGACACACCACGUUCAACAGCAGUACCAGCCUAUCGUCCCGGAUGUUCAGUAUCAGGAUGAGCCUUCGCCUACCAACACUGAUCCAUUCACUGAAUCUGCCAUGGCUGGUCAGCAACUCCACCACGAGCCUGAUAUGCAGCAGCUCGAGUCCGACGCGCGUCAGCCUUACCCUUCCGGCAGCACUCCUGCUUCAACUUCCACUGCCCGUACUGCCAUCUCGCCUCACCAACAGCGCCGUGACAUGUCUCCUCAAGAAAUCUCGCCUCUUUCCCCUAACGUCACUACCACCCGCCCUGUCAUCCAGCCUAGCCAGGCCGCCACCGCAGGUACCCUUAGUGACCAACCGGAACUCUUCUACCAACAGCCUCCUGGUAAGGUGUACCUCCACUCUUCGCCUGGAAGUGGUGCUGCACGUUCCAAGACCCCUGUUGCUGAGNNGGCUGUCCAAGGCACCCACGAUCUGGGCUCGCGUCCUUCGUACGAGUCUGACACCACCGAGGGCACCGAGUAUGAAAUUGACGAGAACGGCGCUGUCCGCCGUGACGCUCAGGGCCGCCCUGUAGUUUACCGCAACCCUAACCGUGGCGCCGGUCAAACCACCAGCAUCGUUUCUUCCGAAGAAUACGACACCGCUGCUGACGUCGCCCGGGAGCGUGAGCUUGCCACUCGCUAUGGUGUGGGCAUGCCUCCUUCUCAAAUCCCUCGUGCUCCCACUAGCAGCGCUGAGGCUAUGGCAUCUUUCGCCACAUCCACUGCCGACGAUGUCGAAUCUGCCGGCUACCGUGACGCCGAGCCUGCUGACUACGAGGGUGCAGGCUAUGGCAGUGACUGGGAAGCCUUGCAGAGCAGACACCAUCACCCUACUCGUCUUUCGGACGUUCUCGAAGAGGAUGAACGCAGUCGCACCACUGCUGAAUAG